AUGUCCCGGCCCAGCAGCAGAGCCAUUUAUUUGCACCGGAAGGAGUACUCGCAGAGCCUGGCCUCAGAUCCCAGCUUCCUGCAGCACAGGGUAGAGCACCUGUUGACAUGCAAGUUGGGGACUCAGAAAGUCCGGGAGCCCAAGGAUGCUUUGCAGAAGCUUCAGGAGAUGGAUGCACUGGGCCGGGUGUGGAGCCAGGACUUGAUCCUGCAGGUCAGAGAUGGCUGGCUCCAGCUGCUGGACAUCGAGACUAAGGAGGAGCUGGACUCGUACCGCCUGGACAGCAUCGAGGCCAUUGAUGUGGCACUCAACAUCUGCUCCUAUGACUCCAUCCUGUCCAUCACAGUGCAGGAGUCAGGCAUGCCCGUCACCAGCACUCUGCUCUUUCAGUGCCAUGAAGUGAAGGCAGAGGUACUGAAGACAAGCCUGCAAAAGGCCCUGGAGGAGGAGCUAGAACAAAGACCCCGAUUUAGAGCUAUCCACCCAAGCCAGGACAGGUGGAGGGGGCAUACUCUGGAAAAGCCAGUCCCUCUGGACUGGGGACCCCCUGCUGAACGGGCACCCACUCUAGACCGGGGACCCCCAACAGAGUGGACACCCCCUCUGGACCGGAGGCCGCCCCUUGAGCAGCCUCACUGGACGUCACCAGAACACAGUUUAUCACCAUCCCCAAGGCUUCCAUUUCAACGCACCAGUGCUCAAGAACGAAAAGCCCUCACCCCAUCUCUUCCAAGGCGAUCCCCAUCUCCCGAGGACCUAGAGAGGGAUGAGGAGCUGCUGAAACACGUCCUAAUGGACAUUGAGCUGUUCGUGGGAAAUGUGAAGGAAGUUCAGGCAAAGAUCCACAAGAAGAAGAAGAUACUGGGGAAGAAAAAGAACAAGGACCAGGGAGGGGUAACAAAGGAGCAGUACACUGACUGUUUCCAGAAGAUCAAGUACAGCCUCAAUCUCCUGGGGAAGCUGGACAAUCAUAUUUUGGAGCCGGGUGCCCCAGAGUUCGUGCACAUCAUCUUCCGCACUCUUGGUGAAAUCAUAGCCUCCUGUCCUGAGCCGGGCCUAGCAGCCCAAGUGAUCUCACCACUCCUCAGUCCCAAAGCCAUCAGCCUUCUGCAAUCUUGUUUGAGUCCAACUGAGAAUAACCUUUGGAGGGAGCUGGGUGAGGCGUGGACGACCAGCUGGGUCGACUGGAUGGGCCCUAGGCCCCCACCCUAUACACCCACAUUCCAUGAUGGCUGGCAACCUCCAGAGCCCUUCUCCAACCAGGAACCGCUAGGAUACCAGGACUCCCUCAGUCUUCUGACCUCCAGUCCCAAACCUGCCAAACCAGCCCUGAAAAUGCAAGUCCUAUAUGAGUUUGAUGCCAGGAACCCACAGGAACUGUCAGUGGCCCAAAAAGAGGUGCUGGAGGUGCUGGACCAGAGCAAGCGGUGGUGGCUGGUGCAGAACGAGAAGGGACAGAGUGGCUAUAUUCCAAGCAACAUCCUGGAGCCUCUACAACCAGGGGACCCUGAGAGCAACUCACACCCUCGGGCUCCAAUGCUUCGACUUAGCUCAAAGCCUGAAGAAGUCACAGCCUGGCUGAAGGCAGAGAACUUCUCCACUGUCACGGUGAAGACUCUUGGGUCCCUAAUGGGGAACCAACUGCUACACAUGAGACCUGGGGAGCUACAGAUGCUGUGUCCACAGGAGGCCCCCCGGGUCCUGGCACGGCUGGAUGCUGUCAGGAGGACGCUAGGGAUGAAACCUUAG